GAAAGGUUAGAUCUGGAAUACAGGAUAGGAAGCUCAGGAUCGGCCCAGCCCACUGGAGCCAAAUGGACAGGUUGAGAGUUUCUCACAUCAAUCCAUGGGUACUGAAAACAAUGGCAAUAACUUGGGUCUGGAAAAUGGAGAUUUGACACCCUAUGAUUAUCAGCGACCAUUGCAGCAUCCUCAAGCAGUUGCUGAGCAGCCGGAAAUUGAAAGAGAAGUUUUGAGGUGUUCCACAGGGAAACCAAGGGUGCUUAGUAAUUGUCUGACUGAAGGAGCUAUUGUUGAAGACGGGGAGGAGGUAGAGCAAGCCAACCACAUUGAUUUCUCUAGAAAUCCUUUGCUUGCCCCUCUUGGGAUCCCAUUUUGUUCAUCGAGUGUUGGUGGGGCCUACAAAACUCUGCCUGUGGCAAGCAGUGGCAACUUCAUUAGCUACUAUGACAGUGGCAAUUUGUAUGAUACUGAGACAUUGAAGAAACGUAUGGAGCAGAUCGCUGCAGCACAGGGCCUUGGAGGGGUUUCAUUGGAAUGUGCUAGCAUGUUAAACAACAUGUUGGAUGUAUACUUGAAGAGAUUGAUCAGAUUGUGUGUCCUGGUGGGGUCAAGGCCUUCACAUGAAUUGAGAAAGCACUCUGCCCACACGCAGCAGCAGCAGGGCAAGCUUGUUAAUGGUUUGUGGCAAAGUAAGCACUUGCAUAUACAGAGUAGCUCUGGGCCUACAGAAGUUUUGCAGGAACAGGGGCAAAGGCGCUCAAUUUCUUUGCUUGAUUUUAAAGUUGCGAUGGAGCUAAAUCCCCAGCAGCUGGGUGAAGAUUGGUCAUUGCUGCUGGAAAAAAUAUGUAUGCAUUCUUUUGAAGAAUGAAUGCUAAAAAAAAAGAUGUUUAUCAUGAAGCUGUUAUAAAGAUAAGUUCAUUCUGGUUCAAUGUGCUUGACAAAUGUUGAAGCUCCCAUUUUGUUUACAUUUACUUACAUGAACCAGAUUGCUCCCAGUCAGAUGAAGCUCUGUCCCUUGCAAGAUUAAAUUAUGGGUUUGAGUGUUGGGAAGCCUGUACCCUUCGCUGCGGAGCUGGGACGAGCAGAUUACUAUUUUUUAGCAACUGAGCUAAAGUGCUCGAAAAGGAAGUACUUUUAACUUGUUGCUCUGUUGUACAAUUAGCAUUGUUGUUGGCUGUCUUCUACAUAUCUCAAUAUUUUCUUGUAAUUUACAGCCAUUGAGAAGGAAAUCUAAGAAAGUUUUGCAGACACACUGCCUUGUAGCUUGGUGAACGGUAUAAUUAUUUGUGAAAGAGCUGCAUCCUUGCCCUAUAUGUAAUUUUAGAUCUGAGAAUUUAUUGAGUUUCAAU